CCUCCUCGUCUGUAGGUGGCGGUAGAGCGCCUGUUAUACGUGUCACAGGAACUACUGCAUAUUGAGAAGCACACGCUAACUUAACGAACACUGUUGUAAGUUGGAAGAUGCAGAGCACAGUCGGAGGAGGCUGUGCUUCUCUGCAGGCUCGCCCUCUAUUUGGGGGAGCGCUGUCAGCGGUCAUACCUCCUCUAGCCACGGACAUCAGCGAGCUGAGGGAGAUUCCUGACAACCAGGAGGUGUUCGCCCACCCCCACACGGACCAGAGCCUGAUCGUGGAGUUAGUGGAGUACCAGGCUCAGGUGACCGAUCAGAAUGCAGCCAGGUACCACUUUGAGGACAUAGCGGGCUGCAACAAAGCUUUGGAGCCCGGUGCGUUUGAAGUGUCCGGUCUGGUGGCCCUACCUAAACCCGAGCUGGCCCUGGCAGAGUGCAGUUGUGCUUGGAUGCUAACAGGGACACAGCGUGUAUCAAAGUUCAACGAAGAGGCGAGGAAUACAGUGACCAUUCAUUUGGGUGUGUUCCGUCUGCCGCAGUUCUCCACAGAGGUUCUGAUUACUUUUAAUGACCCACAGAGCAUCCGCCCUGACAGCAGCAGCGCCUCUGCUGUGGAGACGCACAUGUGGACUCUGCAGGACUUCCGGAGCCUUCUACAGACGCUGACUCUGCACGACCCUGGUCUGUUCGGCUAGAGCGUCUCAGUGUUUAUAGACCUUCAACACUCAGCCCCAAUAAGACUAUGGGGUUUUCUAAGAGGUUUGCCACAACAAAAGGCAGGAGGAAGUCUUCAUGCCCCAAAUACAUGUUCUCCUUUGGAAAUGAAAAAGAGCCACAAGCAAAUAUAUUAUGUAGUCAUAGUCUUGUUAUGCUUUUACAUGCUUAUUGGACUUUACAGCACGUGUCUCCAGUCUCCAUCUGCUGCCAUCCUGCAUCUUUUAGAUGUUUUUUUGCACCAACACACCUGAUUUGAAUUAGGUGGCGAUUAACAGGCUUCUGCAGAAGAACAUGCUGAUGAGGUCAUUAUAAGAGCAGAAAAACAACCCAAACCUGCUGACCCGAGACUGAUAUUGCUCCAUACAGCUCAGAGAUUAGUGUAAGGUAAUAAAGUUUAUUUUAUGGGAUUCUGUUUUUGUGAAACAACAGAAAAAAACUUUGUUCCUACUUGACAAAUAUCAGAUGUACUUAAAUGUGUACAAAGUUCUAACCACAUUUCUAGGUUUUAUAUUUAAAAGUUGUCUAAAUAAAUCACAAAUGAAUUA